GUAGUUUCCAGUUGACAUCUGUUUAAAGUAGAUUAAAGAUUAAAGGUCUUUCCUUAUAAUCAAAAUUUCAUUUUCAAAACUUUCCGAUGAGCUGUCUUUAUAAACAUUGAAAGUGAUACUAAGAAAAUUAUAACGACAUGGCUACAGAAAAUUCUAGGACGGUAUUGGUACCUAGUUUAGAUGAUCUUCAAAAAAUUAAUCAGUGUUACAAUUUAAAAUGCACUUUAGACGAUCUUUCAAUUUACCAAGAAAUUAUGAAAGGACCUGUUGAAGAUUACAACUUUGUAGAAAACUUUUUACUUCCCCCAGUAGAAAUUUUAGGCGAUCGCACAUAUCUAUACCCUUUAACUGAAGAUAAUGAAUAUCUUGCUUGGUAUGUAAAAUGCAAUAUUAAUGCAAAAAAAGAUGGAAAGUUGGCUGGUAAAAAAAUUGCAAUUAAAGAUAAUACUGCUGUUGCGAAUAUACCUAUGAUGAAUGGUUCAAAAGUUUUAGAAGGGUACAUUCCAGAGUAUGAUGCAGUUAUUGUUCAAAGAAUACUUAAUGAAGGAGGUAUAAUUAUUGGAAAGACAACAUGUGAAGAUUUAUGUUUUAGUGGAGCAAGUUAUAUGACAACAUAUGGUCCAGUUCGUAAUCCAAAUAACACAGAAUACUCUGCAGGGGGAUCGAGUUCUGGAAGUGGCGUUGUUGUUGCAACUGGUGAAGCUGAUAUGGCUACAGGCGGAGAUCAAGGUGGAUCAAUAAGAAUACCAGCCAGUUGCUGUGGUAUUGUUGGCUUAAAGCCAACUCAUGGUUUAAUUCCAUACACAGGAGCGAUUCCGAUUGUUCCUGUUAUUGACCAUGUUGGUCCUAUGACAAAAAAUGUAGCUGACUGUGCAAUUUUUUUAGAAGUUCUAGCAGGAUAUGACACUGGAAUUGAUUAUCGUCAAAGCCCAUUUGCACCUGUUUAUGAAUAUUCUAAGCUUAUUUAUCCAUUGGUAGUUCCUAAAAAGAAAAUUAAUGUUGCCAUUCUAGAAGAAGGACUAGAUCUUUGUGAUAAAGAUGUUAAAGAGACAUUUAAUCAAUCAAUCAGUUGGUUAAAGCAAAGUGAGUUUUUGAACAUAAAAACAGUUAGUUUGCCUCUUCACAAGGAAGCAUAUCGUUUAAUGGUACCUUUAUUUUUUGAUGGUGUAUUUGGUUCAAUGAUUGAUGGUUGUGGUUAUGGAACUGGAUUUGCAGGGGUGCAAUCUGAGUCACUUGUUAAAAAAAUGAAAGAAGGUUAUAGUGAGCAUUUAUCAGAGACAUCACACAACAUCAAAACUAUUGUUCUUUUAUCCAACUUUAUUAAAGAAAAGUAUGGACCAUACUACUAUGCUAAAGCUUCUAGUUUGGUUGUUCACAUGCAGCAACUCUAUAAUGACAUACUUCAGGAUAACGAUGUAAUCAUUAUGCCAACUCUUACAAACUUGCCAUGUAAGCUUCCAUUAAAAGAUACACCAACAAAAGAUAUAAUUGCUAAAAGCUUAGACAUGAUAAAAAAUACUUCCAUCUUUGAUGGAACAGGACAUCCAGCAUUGUCACUUAAUUGUGGUUUUUUUGGUGGUUUGCCAGUUGGUUUAAUGAUUGUUGGAAAACAUUUUGAUGAAGUUAGUGUACUAAAUGCAGCUGCAAUAUUUGAAGCAAUAUUUGUGCAAAAUUUAUAAAAUCAGUUUUUUGUAAAUUUUUUUAACUUUAACAUUUUAAUUA